AUGCUCAGGAAAACCUUCUUGCUGGCCCUCUGGGCCAGUGGUGUCGUUACCGGAGCCCUGGCGGCCGAUCCAAUUGCCAACUCAGUCGAGUCUUAUGAGCCUAUUUCGACAGUGGGAGAUAUUGUGGAAUACCCUGAUCCUCACAAGAAUGUUGCCAGACAUGGUUUGGCCUAUGUCCUGCAGCGUAGGAAGCACAAGUCCAGCAGCAGCAGCAGCAGCGGUAGUACUAUAUGGGGGCACAGCGGCAGCAAAGACACCACUACAAAGGCAGAGCAGAAGAAGACGACGACUACCAAGAAAGAGGAGUCGACAACCACCAAAUCGACAACGACUACCCAUACGACCACUACUACGACCACGACCGAGGAGAAGCAUACGACCACCACCUCUAGCUCGCAGACAACUGCUUCUUCCACCACGACAUCCACCACGACGUCAACCUCGAGCACCACUACGAGCACCACAACUUCACAUACUUCUACCAUCACCUCGACUUCAUCUACUACCACCAGUCCCUCCACCACUAGCAGGACCACAACUUCUGUAUCCACUAAAACCCCCGAGGCCGAACACUCAGCCACCGCAAUCAGUUCAAAGUCAACAUCGUCAUCCACUACGACCUCUAGAACGUCCAGUCUUGCAGUCCAGCACUCUUCUACUACAAAAGAAACAGCUUCCAAGUCAAUCACUAGAUCUACUGAGGCAGAGCACGGGUCUACGAGCAAGCCUGAGACGGCCACCAAGUCUGUCACAAGCACUGCGGAGCUGAACCAUGCUUCUUCGACUAGAGUCGAGACAACCUCCAAGUCUAUCACAACACCGGUGGAGGCGGGGCACACUCCUACAACCGGUAAAGAGACCGCGUCUAGAUCCGUGACACGCUCUGUCGAGGCUGGCCAUGCAUCUUCCACUGCGGCAGUGCACACGUCUGCUACUAAGCUUAUUCAUACCUCGCAUCAUGCUGACCACUCGGUCACGACAACCAGUACACAUGCUAUUCAUACACCCGGCGCAGAUCACUCGGCUAGUGCAAGUGUUCAUGUUGGUAGCAGCACUAUUGUAGAGCCCAGCGCUGCGCCGUCAACCGUGCCUGAUUCUGAAGAUGGUGAUGGUGAUGAUGGCUCCGACGAUGGCUCUGACGACGGAUCUGACGACGGAUCUGAUGACGGCUCUGACGAUGGCUCUGACGAUGGAUCUGACGAUGGCUCCGACGACGGAUCUGACGAUGGCUCUGACGAUGGCUCUGACAACGGCUCCGACGACGGCUCCGACGACGGCUCUGAUGACGGGUCCUCAGAAGACGGGUCCUCAGAUGACGGAUCCUCAGACGACGACGGCUCUUCAGACGACGGCUCCUCCUCUGACACCUCCCCUGACACCUCAGACCCCAACACCACCCAAUCCACCACCCCCUCCUCAUCGACCCCCCUAACAAACGGCAGCUCCACCUCCGCCGCAAUCCCCUCCUCCAUGCCCGCAGCCUCCAGCUCCCGCCCCGCCUGGGCCUGGGGCUACCAAUCCUCAACCUUCAGCAUCAUGGCCUCACCAACAUCAACACCACAGAUCACGCCGGCCGUGACACCGGUUGCCUAA